GGGCUGAGGAGGCCAGGAGGCGCCUAUCUCUUUAAGGGCCCCACCGGCAAUCCUGAUUGGCUGUAGCUAUGCAGGUCUUUCUUCCUCGGCUCCCUUGGAGUGCUCCCGCCCGCGUCGCUUUCUCUGCUCCCUUUCCCCAAUCUCCCUCCACCCUCCUCUUCCUCCCGGCCGAGUUCAGCCCGGGCAGCGGCAUGGAUGCAACACCAGCAACAGAUGUCGGGAGCUAAGAUUUGCAUCCUUAGGCCAUGCUGAAAGCCUGAAGAAGAGAGAAGGAAGCAAAGAGAAGGCGCGGACGUGAGGUGCGGAGAAUCCCCCCUAACCGGCAGAAGCCCCCGCCCCCACCGGAGAGCUCGGCGUAGUCAGAGUCUGUCUGCGGCUGCUGCUGCUGCUGGGGCCGACCUCUCCCCAGCCAUGCCAGGCCCGGCCGUCGACGGGGAGAAGGUUCCCUUCUGCGACGCGAAGGAGGAAAUCCGUGCCGGGGUCGAAGCCCCGGAGGGCGGCGGCGGCCAGGAGAGGCCGGGCGGGCGCCGGCAGCGGCAGAACAUCGUCUGGAGGAACGUCGUCCUGAUGAGCCUGCUCCAUUUGGGGGCCGUGUACUCCCUGGUGCUAAUCCCCAAAGCCAAGCCGCUCACUCUGCUCUGGGCUUACUUCUGCUUCCUCCUGAGUGCACUGGGUGUGACAGCUGGUGCCCAUCGCUUGUGGAGCCACAGGUCCUACAAGGCCAAGCUGCCUCUGAGGAUAUUCCUGGCUGCUGUCAACUCCAUGGCUUUCCAGAAUGACAUCUUCGAGUGGUCUAGGGACCACCGAGUCCACCACAAGUACUCAGAGACAGACGCCGACCCCCACAAUGCCCGCCGAGGCUUCUUCUUCUCCCAUAUCGGGUGGCUGUUCGUUCGCAAGCAUCGAGAUGUCAUUGAGAAGGGAAGAAAGCUUGACGUCACUGACCUGCUUGCUGACCCUGUGGUCCAGUUCCAGAGAAAGUACUAUAAGAUCAGCGUGGUGCUCAUGUGCUUCGUGAUGCCCACGCUGGUGCCCUGGUACGUCUGGGGAGAAAGCCUGUGGAAUUCCUACUUCCUGGCCUCCAUCCUGCGCUACACCAUCUCCCUCAACAUCACCUGGCUGGUCAACAGUGCUGCCCACAUGUACGGAAACCGGCCCUACAAUAAGAACAUCAGCCCUCGGCAGAACCCGCUCGUCACGCUGGGGGCCAUUGGUGAAGGCUUCCACAAUUACCAUCACACCUUUCCCUUUGAUUACUCAGCGAGUGAAUUUGGCUUAAAUUUCAACCCGACCACCUGGUUCAUUGACUUCAUGUGCUGUCUGGGGCUGGCCACUGACCGCAAACGGGCAACCAAGCCGAUGAUCGAGGCCCGGAAAGCAAGGACUGGAGAUGGUAGUGCUUGAACGUAUCUGACGUUGACUUCUCGGCCCAUUGCUUUUGUUAGUGUAGUUUUCUUGUUCAUUGGAUUGUGGGAGGGGUAAGAAAGCGGGAUGGGGGCAGAAUCUAUGUGGUUUGGGAGUUUUUUGUCUGUUUGUCUCAAACUAAUGUCAAAAUACAGUAUCAAUGAACAAUUUUUUAAUAAGUCGGUGUAACUAUGAUUUAACAUUAGGGUGUGGACAUGUAGUUUAAUCGCUGUAGCUACGAUAUGUCAAACAUACAUUGUCACAUGCUUGUACGUGAUGUUAACCCUGACAGGAUGAAGGAAUUUAAUAUUCUUUCAGUUGGUUCAGGAAAGCAUUUGUUUUACUUUCUACCAAUUAAUCCAGCAUUGCUUUUAAACACAAUAUCUGAAGGAGCUGAGAGGCAGGGUAGAAGACAAAAGAGAGGAUCUAAGUAUUAACUAAAGAGGGUUUCUAUUUUGUAAUUAUUGUGCAUGUGUUUUUCAAGUAAAAGAAAUGAAAACUUUUUAAAAAUAAGAAUAUAGGAUAUGGCUCUAUUUUUUUUUUUUUUUUUUUUUUUUUGCCCUGUUUAUAGCUUGUUAAUGCUCCACUGUUUUUUGCUUCAAAGACGAUUUGUUCACUGCCCAGCUAGUUUUGUGUCCCGAGCUGUAUGCCAAGCUGGCCCUAUAAAUCAAAGCCUGUUUAGGUGUUUGAUUUUAUUCUCUUUACUAUUGUCAUUUUAAAGGUGUAUAACUCAAAAUGUGCCUGACAUUAAAUUAAGCUCAAAUUAAGCUCUCAUUUAAAUGUUUAGACAUCCAAUUUAUAUUCUAAUUGAUCCCAACCACUGAUGCAUGUACUUUAGCUACUUCUGCUAAAUAAGCAUAUUAAUUUUCCACACCAGGCCAUCAGGUCUUAAUAACUGACAGUUAUCUAGAACUCAGUGUCUACUAAUGUUUCACCUGCAUGCAGCCUUCAUUGAUUUUGCAGCAAAUGUAAAGUGACCAUUAUGUAGCUUUUGGAUUAAAAAAAAAUUUGUGUGUUAAGUUGCCUUGUAAAGAGCAUGUUGAAUUAAUGGGAUGCCAUGCCCUUUGUGUUAGAUGUUAGAGCAAAAGAAAGGCCUUAUAGUGUUGGCACUGGAGCACUUCGAAAAUAGAUCUUUUCAGGAAUGAUGUAGGACUUAAAACUAAAAUUUAAAAUUUUUGGAAAAGAAAUGACGCUAAUAGGAAAUUGUCACAAUGAAGUUCUUCAUCCAGCAGGUGUUUAACAGUGUUAUUUUGCCAUUAAUAAUGUGUAUACUCAGAGUGAUUUACAAUAAAUGAUUAUGAAUUCA